AUGUCUGUGAUAGAGGCGUCGGCUGUAGAGCACAACUAUGGACGCCAGCUUGCCAAGCCGCUGCAUAUUCAGCAGUUGGAAGUGGCCCUCAACUUGGAGCCGUUCAUGAAAUAUGUGGAGGGUGUUAUCUCGGAAGAUAUUGACAGCUUAGAUGACAGUGAUCCGCUAAAUACAGAGAAGUCUGGUCCGAAAGACCAUGCAGAUAGCAAAGUGACGAAUGGAACCUCUAUCUCUAAAUAUGAAAGAAAAGCAGAUAAAACUAGACUGUACAACUUCAGCAAAGUUAAGAAAAGUAGGCGUUGGAUAAGGAAUAUCCUUCUCAGUGACACAUCAUCUGAUGAUGAAGAUGACAAGUCUAUGAAAGUAGAAGACCUCCAUUUUAUGCUGAACAUACACAAACACAUAAAAAGACAUAAGAUGAGGUUUUAUCAAGAUCCUGAUCUUCACCAAUAUCAGUACUACAGCACUGGGCUGUUGUCUAAUUAUGACAAGUACCCAGAACACAGCAAAUCCAUUGUUGGUCACAAAAAGAAGAUAGCCAAGGAACAAAAAAAGCAGGAGAAGAAAGCCAAAGCAAAACUCAAGAGGUUGAAAAAGGAACACAACCUAGAUGAUGAUGGAGAGGAAAUUGACCCAUCAGUACUUCAGGCUAUAUUAGCUAAACGUUUUGAGAAGAAAGAAAAGAAAUCAAAGAAGCUGACACCAGAACAAGCUGAUGCUAAGCGCAGGAAGUUAUGGAUUUCUAUUGCAAAGAAGGAAAUCCCAAGGGCGCAGAAACAGAAAGCCUCAGCUCGUAAGGAAAUGUUGGCAACAAUGAAAAAGAUAUCCACACAAGCUAUGAGGGAAUGCCGUCGAUCAGCCUUGCAGUCUCAAAAGACCAUGAAGGAAACACCAUCUCGAGCACGGCGGCUCACCAGGGAGAUGCUGAUAUACUGGAAACGGUUUGAGAAAGUAGAAAAGGAGCACAGGAAGAGAGCAGAGAAAGAGGCCUUGGAGCAACGUAAACUGGAUAUUGAGUUGAGAGAGGCCAAACGGCAGCAACGCAAGCUGAACUUCUUGAUUACGCAGACAGAACUGUAUGCUCAUUUUAUGGCUAGGAAAAUUACAGGAGAAGGUACAGAACGGAAAGAGAAGAUUCUUGGCCAUUUGGAGGAAAGACAUAAAGGCUUCAGCUCUCGGCAAGUAAAUGGCGGAGUUUUAGAAGAUGAAAUGGGAGACGAUGACUAUGAUAGUGAGGUAAUGAAGAAGCUAGCCUUGGACAAUGCCCAGACUGCUUACACAAAGAAUGUAUUGGAGAGACGAGCUUUUGACUCUGACUCAUUGAACACUGUUCUGUCUGAGCCCAAUUUGAGUGCAGAUUCCCACAGUGCACAGCCAGAUAUGUUUAAUGGCAAGUUGAAGGGGUACCAGCUGAAGGGCAUGAACUGGAUAGCCAACCUCUAUAACCAAGGUAUUAACGGAAUCUUGGCUGAUGAGAUGGGUCUGGGGAAGACGGUGCAGAGCAUUGCUUUCCUCGCUUACCUUGCAGAGGUUGUUCCAUAUUGGGGAAACACACAAGACCGCAAAAUAUUGCGCAAAUUUUGGGACCAGAAAUCUUUGCACACUGAGGACGCUUCUUUUCAUGUGGUGAUUACUUCGUACCAGCUGGUUAUACAAGAUGUCAAGUAUUUUCAGAGAAUCAAGUGGCAGUACAUGGUGUUAGAUGAAGCCCAGGCUAUUAAAAGCACGUCCAGUGUGAGGUGGAAAAUUCUCCUUGGUUUUAGCUGCCGCAACAGAUUACUGCUUACGGGUACACCAAUUCAGAACAGCAUGGCGGAGUUGUGGGCGUUACUGCACUUCAUAAUGCCAACGUUGUUCGACUCCCAUGAUGAGUUUAAUGAGUGGUUCUCCAAAGACAUAGAGAGCCACGUAGAAAAACAGUCAGGAAUUGAUGAGAAUCAGCUGUCACGACUCCACAUGAUCCUGAAACCUUUCAUGCUUAGAAGGGUGAAACGGGAUGUGGAAAAUGAACUUUCAGACAAGAUUGAAAUCCUGGUGUACUGCCCUCUGACAACUCGCCAAAAAAUGUUAUACAGAGCCAUCAAGAACAAAAUCUCAAUAGAAGAUUUGCUUUGCUCCAGCACAUCAUCCACAUCUUCUGCCCUGUCCACCACUAGCAGCCUUAUGAACAUAGUCAUGCAGUUCCGCAAGGUGUGCAAUCAUCCUGAGCUGUUUGAAAGAAACGAGCCCAAAUCCCCGCUUCAUCUGCCUGUUCAUCCUUAUAUUGUACCCAAGCUCAUCUACAGAGACGGAUACUUGGAAUCAUCCUUGCCAAGUCUUCACCACAUUGUUUUCAACAAACUGUAUAUAUUUUCACCAGAGAAUAUUCACCAAUCUUUAUUUUCAAAUUGUUCAAGUUCACCUGCCUUUGUAAAUAGUUGUUUCUCUUUCACCCGUCUCAUAAAUAUGUCGCCACAAGAACUUCAUUCAUUCAUGUAUGGAGGACUGUUAGUCAGGUGGUUAGGUGUUUUUCUCAUGAUGAAGGCUGCUUACAGAAUACACCAGCAUUUCAUGUGGCAUGAAGAUACCAGUUUCAAUACAAAGACAUGCUUAUUGCUGGAGCCCUUGAAGAGCAUCAGUGCACCAAGCAUCUGCCUGAGUCCAGUCUUAAAGGAUCUUGUGUUCACCAGUUACACCUCACAGUUCAUUUCCCAUGAAAACGUCAUCAUGCACCACAUCCCAGAGACGUUCUCCCAUCGACAGAUUCGCCUGCGGAGGCUCAAGCAACUGGCAGCAGCAAAGAAGAGUCCACUCAGCCCACCCAAUUCACCAACUAAACCACCAGUGAAAAGUCCUUCAACAGAGGAAGUCAGCCUGCCCCUUCAUCCUCACAAAUUCAGGUCAUCACGUGUACUUAAAUGCCAGAAAAACUUCUUGCCAUCGUUCUUCUUUGUUCUUAUCCCUAAGGUCACCUGCCCAGGCCUCAGUGAGUACACAGUUGACCGGAGUGCGGCGUGGGACAAAAUGCGACGAGAGCAGUGUGGGACUCUGGAAGCCAAGCAGUCACUGUUUUAUGGUACUCCUGAACUGGCUUGCUCACCUUCCAACACCUUCUUACCCAGCGAGAGAGCUGGUCUUUCUGCCAUAAUGCCGCAUUAUGGCUGGAUGCACAUACAAAUUCCAGACAAAGAAUCUUUGGUGAGCGAUGCCGGAAAGUUAUACGUAUUAGAUUCACUGCUUCAGAGAUUGAAAGAUGACGACCAUCGUGUCCUUAUCUAUUCACAGAUGACGAGGAUGAUUGAUUUGUUGGAGGAAUAUAUGUGGUAUCGCAAACAUACGUACAUGCGGCUUGAUGGGUCCUCCAAAAUUUCCGACAGACGUGAUAUGGUCGCUGAUUUCCAGACUCGGUCAGAUAUUUUUGUGUUUUUGCUGAGUACCAGAGCUGGAGGCUUGGGCAUCAACCUGACUGCAGCUGAUACUGUGAUAUUUUAUGAUAGUGAUUGGAACCCAACAGUUGAUCAACAGGCUAUGGACAGAGCCCACAGGCUUGGUCAGACCAAACAGGUGACGGUCUAUAGAUUGAUAUGCAAAGGCACAAUUGAGGAGAGAAUACUGCAGAGGGCCAAAGAAAAGAGUGAGAUUCAAAAGAUGGUGAUCUCAGGUGGUAAUUACAAACCUGACUCUCUCAAACCUAGAGAAGUUGUCUCACUGCUUAUAGAUGACGAUGAAAUGGAAAAGAAGUUGCUGACAAGGCAGUUUGAGAAAGUCGGCGAUGACCCUAAUCUUGGUGCAAUAUUCAGGAAGAGAAAGCGAGAGUAUAAGAAACGAGAAGGUACCAAAAAGAAGCAGGCCGCUGCCGCUGCUGCGGCGGCGGCUGCUGCUGCUGCUGUAGUUGAAGAGAACAAUAUCACCAUACCUGCCCCUGACACAGAGUCUGUGGCCAGCAGAGACUCAGCCCCAGCAAGUCCAGUCAGUGUGAUGUCCGUGGGCAGUGAAGCAACAUCAAUCAUGAUGCAGGAUGACAGCAAUGAUGGGGGGAUGCUGAUUGUGGAUGAUGCACACACAUUAUUUCCUCCAGUUACCAGUACACCUUCUCAACCACCAAAACGUGGACGAGGACGUGGCCGCCCAAGAGGUUCCGGUGUGGGUAGAAGACCAAGAGGAAGGGGCAGUGCUAAAAAGGCUAUGUCUGCGGCAGAAAUAGCAGGGGCACAAGCCGGAAUGACAGCAGCUUACGCAGCAUAUGGUUACAAUUUUACAGGCAAAGCUUGGAAACCACCCUGA